CCAAUUAGAAAAAAAUACGCGUGUUCAUUCAGAGAAGCAAUACAGUACACCGGCCGGCAAGUUGUAGAAACGAAAGACAGACCUUGUAGCAUUUGGAUCACGUACGUUAUUCUGUUAAUUUUAUCAACAUUUUUAUCUGAUUUGAUAUACGGGACUACGUUAUUAUCAUACUAUUUCAUUUAUGAAGUGUAGUUUUUAAAUGGGUCGAAUGUAAUUUCAGGACAAGCGUCUUCCACUUGCAUAUCGUUGUUCACCCCUAUGCCUAUCGUUGGUUCUUGACGUAUAUUUCAAUAAAUAAUCCAGUAUUUAUCUGAUUUAGCAUUUAAUUGUUUAUAUUUCAUUACACCUCGAAAAUUGGAGCAUUUUUAGAUGGAGAUGAAACAGAACCUUUUGCUAUCCAUCCUCGCAUCGUAUGUAGUCGUGUCUAUCGCAGGGAAUUUUGCCAGUCUUCAGUUCGAUACAGAGGAACGAAAGGUUCAUAUACAACAUAACGGAGUGAUUGUAGCAGAAACGAGUACUGGCAAAGGCGAUGAUGUUAAUUUAGUAUUCCGCAGGGCGUCAGACGGUCGUUAUUUUAUACAGGCCCUGAUGGACGGUGAGGAAAAGAUUAAAGACUGUGAUAUAAUUAAACAUAAGGACGCACUGAGAGACUUCUCUUCUCAGUUUCAAGAACUUCAACUCGUACUCUUGGGUAGGAUGGAGAAUAUAUUUUAUUCAGAAAAUCCAAUAAAGACAAUGAGCGCAAAUGAGGUUAAUAUAAGGGACGAAGAUGUCUCUUACAAACAAAACGGUUCAGGUUGGAUGCACAUAACAUUCAAAGACAUCACUGAGCUACCGUCAGAAUUGAUGGCUGUUGCCGAUUUAAACAGCUUAUUCAAAUCUUGCCAGCAAUUUCAAACAGAAAUCAAACAGAACUAUGAGAACAAUGGAGAAGGGCAAAACGCACGCGAAAAUGGAGUAGAAAGUGAUGCCAGUCACCACUCGCGAUCUAGAAGGGGAAUCUCCUUCCCUGGGACACUGUGGUGUGGCAGCGGAACCAACGCGCAAUAUUACGAAGAGUUGGGCGAGGAGGUACACGCCGACAGAUGCUGUCGAGAACACGACCACUGCCCACUGUACAUCAAGAGAUGGGAAACCAAAUUCUACAUUAGUAAUCGAAGUUUUUACACUUACUGCUUCUGCAAGUGUGACAAGAAGUUUCGUCGAUGUCUGGAACGUGCUAACACCACUACAUCUCGUGCAGUGGGAAAAGCGUUCUUCAACACGCUGGAGAUCCCGUGUUUCACAAUGAAGAAGAAAAAACAGUGCGUGAAACGCUCGUGGUGGGGAAAGUGCGAGAAGUACGAAAUCCGAGACACGGCUAAAGUUCGAGCCGCUAAGCGAUUCAGGCUUUAAUAACAUAUAACAUGUAUUUUUAACUGAGCAAAAUUUCACGUGGUUGCCAUAUAAAAAAUCAUUCCAGUUACCAGAGAUGGCAAGCAGAAAAGUGUCAUGCAAACGACGUGAUUUGACGAUGGCACGCAUGGUGUCGACUGGAUUGACUAGCCCCAAGGAGAAAGUAGGCCUACUACGUACCGCCUUGCCAGCACUGAAUACAAAAUUGGAGAAUUCGGCUACAGGUGAAUUACCGUACGCAACGUAGACUUCAAAUCUACGUGGAGCUGUUCAACCAACAUUAUCCCGGAACAAAGUUCAGGAAUUUAUGUUCAGUAAUAUCCACGAAUAUCACCAAUGUUUACAAAGAUAUCCGCAAACGUUGAAGAAUGUACCUAUCCUUCCCAUGACUCUUGAAGUUACAAGUUUUCUCCAUUAAGACUUACAGGCUGCAUUUUAUAGCUAUCUGAAACUGAUCAAUGCAAGUUAUAGUAUAUAAUUAAUGUUAAAUGUACAGUGUAUCCACCAUAACGAAAAUAUUAUACUUGAGUCUAUUUUAAACAUAACAUUUUACUUUUAUAUCAUCAGCCAAAAUAUAACGUUAUAGUCAUAUUUCUGUUUUUAAAGAUAUACUGGUAUAUACUGAUAAAAAUCAAUUCAAAGUGUACUGUAAGUUUUAAGGAAUUUUACAGUUAGGUGGCUGUCUAGUUCGAAAUAUAUUAAAGUCUUCUUAUCGUGUCCACUGUGUGGUGGUGGUAGAAUUGGCGUUAACCAGGGUCGCGAAGAGGACGCUUUUGCCAUAUGAAUCCAAAGUAAUGUACUGUGCUGGAAAUAUCCAUUGUGAACUAUGGCGGUUCGAACAUGAAGCACACACCAAACCUGAUUUUCUCCGCUAAGCUCACCACAUGCUUAUCAUCGCUAUUUUAAAUAAUAUGGUAUUUACGAUUAUAAUUUUAUGAAAAUAGCACUGGGAUAAUUCUAAGUGACAUAGGCCUAUUUUGUGUGUGAACCACUGUCACUCAAAUUAAACAUCGGUAAUAGUAGGCUAUUACACGGAGCGUCUUUGAAGGUUAUGUUAACCUGAUAAGAAAGUAAAAGUGAUAUUUUAUAUAUAUUUAUUAAUUGUAUAUAUAGGUCCCACUCCUCUUGAUGGCUGUAAAUAAUAAAUUUGGCAUCCGAUCAAAUUUGAAAUGCGAUAGUUUUAUGUAGGCCAUGUCGUUAUUGGAAUUUCAUUUGUGAAUUACCGUUAAUACCGGUAACGAGAUAUUAUUGAUUACUGGUAACGUGAUGGAUGACGUCAUGAAUGUGCUUUAUUUGGAUGUUGAAGUAGGUGGGAUGUUUAGUAUGAGAAAUAGCCAUCACUACAUUUUUGCGCGUUAUCUGUGAAUAUGUCAGCUCCAACAAUUUGGGCAAACUAUUGUCAUCUCGAGUAUAUGCGAAUUUUGUGACACAUUUAAAUGCCGAAAGUGUUUAGGCCUAGCUUGAUGUCUUUAUGAUGUUUAGCAUUAAGCAUUAAAUUUGCCAAAGUACUUUAUUAUUUGAUACUAUGGAUGGCAAAUUCCUAGACACAUUUUUGCUAAACACGUCAUGGAACCUAAACACAUUAGCGUUUGUGCUUGCUAGUCGGAGCGCCCGCAUAAUCAAUCAAAUUUAAAUAUGGAUCUGUGCAUCUUAGGUAUAUA